CUACCACCACAGACACCACCGUACACGUGCCUGCUCUGCUGGAUGGAGAGCCCCAUCGAGAGAUUGCCACUAUACUGGAAGGCCCGUCUAAUGAUAUCUUGGACAUGAGCAAGUUCACAGAGAGCAAGACAAAGACACUCACACAAAGUGCGGUGUUGGACGCUGCUCCGGUGGUCUCGCCGGUUAAGGAGACGGCAGCCGUAUGUAUAGGUGGAUGUGUGUAUAUUGGUGAAUGUAUGCUUAUGUGUGUGUGUAUUUAUAGUUAUUAA